CGUGGGCCUGCGAAGGGUACGGUGCCUAUAGAGCGGUACCUAAACAAGCGGCACCUCAACAAGGACGGCACCUAAACAGCCCUAACUGCGUGAGGGCCUGAGCUCCGCCCUGGGUCCUGGACGGGAGCCGGAGGCGCAACUCGCCAAUCGUGGGUUGUAAGCUUAAUAAUGGUGGCUUCGGCCCGGCUCGACGCGGUCGACCUGUCAAAGGGACUGAGAAUAUAAAUCCUAAGCCCCCAAAGCUUCGGGAUUAGCUCUGCUGCCCUCUAUCCCUCCUGUCUCUUCCACCCCUCACCACAAUCCAUCCGACCUCUGUCAACCAGCACAAGCACCCCCCGGAAACGCACACAACUCGACCAUUCCUUCGCCAUGUCGGACUGCAAGACCUACUGCUACCCCGGCGCGGGCGAGUGGGCGCGGAAGGAGAUGUCCUAUUCCCAGGCCAUCCGCGUGGAAAACCGCAUCGUCUGUUCUGGCCAGGGUGGCUGGGACCGUCAGACACUCGAAUUCCGACAGACGCUAGACGAGGAGGUGGACCAGGCGUUCGAGAACGUGGAUGAGAACCUGAAGCACGCCGGAGGCAAGGGUUGGCCCCAGGUCUACCGCGUGGUAACCUACAGCACCAACAUCAAAGCUACGCACCAGCGCAUCGUUGACAACUUCCGCAAGUGGAUGCCGGACCACCAGCCCGUCUGGACUGAGAUCGGCGUCAAGGAGCUCGGCAUGCCCACCAUGCACAUCGAGAUCGAGGUUGAGGCCUUCGACCCCCAGGGCGCGGCCGAGGCGACCAAGAACUAGGCGGACUGGGCGUUUGGAGAGGGAACUAGAAAGGAGAAAAAAAACCCCCCAAAAACACAUAGCUUCACCCCCCUCUCACCCCCACUCCCACCCCGCUCGUAUUCAUAGACCGCCGGCCAUACUCUAUCGAGGUAGCUUUAGAAUAUAGCGUGUUGAUCCCG